AUGUCGGGCAAAACCUCCGGCUCAGACGCCAAAUCGCGAGACCACCACGACGGCAGCGCCGGCCGAGCCUUCACGGUGGAGCAAAAAGCCGCCGUAAUACGCAUCAAAUCAUGCGCGCCAACCGCCUACUACAAGAUCCUCGGCCUGGAAGAAGUAAAAGCCACCUGUUCAGACUCGGACAUCAAAAAAGCGUACCGCAAGCUCUCUCUCCUCACGCAUCCGGACAAGAAUGGGUAUGAUGGCGCGGACGAGGCGUUCAAGCUGGUCAGCAAGGCGUUCCAGGUGCUGAGUGAUCCGGACAAGAAGAAGAAGUACGAUCAGUUUGGCGGGGAUCCAGAUGCGCGGUUUGAUCCGAGGGCGCAUGCGAGUGCGAAUGGAGGGGGUGGUGCGAGUCCGUUUGGGAAUGGGUUUGCGAGAAGAGGGGGUGGGUUUGAGGAGGAGAUGACGCCUGAAGAGUUGUUUAGACAGUUCUUUGGGGGCGCGUUUGGGGGGCCUUUUGGCGGCAUGGACACAGGCCCAGGCUUCGUCUUCAACCUCGGCGGCGGCCCCGGCGUCCGCGUCCACCAAUUCGGCGGUGGCCGUCCCCGCAGACGCCCCGGCACCGCCGUCCCCCCCGGCAGCGAAGGCCAACAAAACCUCUCCUCCGCCUUCGCCAACCUGCUCCCCCUACUCUUCCUCUUCGUCCUCCCCCUCCUCUCCUCCCUCUUCUCCGGCUCAACCUCCACAUCCGCAAGCCCCAACAUCGUCUUCGAAACACCACGCUCACCCAACACACUCAAGCGCGUAUCCACACGGAUAAAGAUAGAUUACUACGUCGAUCCUAAGGAAGUGCAUGAAUACACGCCGAAGAAGUGGCGCAAGUUGGAUGAUAUAGCCGAGAACCAGUAUGUGCAUAUUACGAAUACGAGGUGUCAGAAUGAGAGGGUGAGGCAGAGGAGGGCAAUGGAAGAGGCACAGGGCUGGUUCAGUGUCGACCAGGAGGCUAUGAACAAGGCGCGGAAUAUGGAGUUGAAGAAUUGUAAUAAGUUGAGGAAGUUGGGUGUGGAUGUUUAUUAA